ACUGCCUGACUGGCGGCCUCCAAGCGUGUCUGUAUCAAACUUCCUCCAUUCGAUAUACGAUCCGUGGGUGGAUCUUCAGUUAACCUUGCCUUCUUCGGCCCUGGCUCCACUCUUGAUCAAUCAAAUGGCCUACGAGAAUUCUGCAUCUCCAUGGAUGAUUCAACUUUAUGCAAAUACAGUUGUUAGAUCUCUUUCAAAAGACUCCCUGGGAAUACCAACAUUAGCAAUACCCAAGCUUUGGUCUAGAAUGGGGGAACAAUACAUUUUAACUGGUGAGUUCAUUGUUGGAGUUUUCACGUCAACCUUGGUCAAGAAAUACAUGACUACAAAGAUUUAUUUAGACCUUGACAUUGAUGAGGUUCUUGCCUUAAAAAAAGAGUGGUUCUUUGCCAAGGGGACAUAUAAUUCAACCGCUUAUCAUCGAGAAACAAGAGGUCGAUAGACAUGCCGUUUUAAGCAAUUUGAAAACCAUUGGCGAGCUUUUAGAAUUAACAAAGACAGACUUUAAAGAUGUAAUAAAAUGACAUUAAAUCUGUCUCAUUCCUUUGCAUACAUAAAGUAGUAAUUUUGUUUCUGACUUGAAAAAACUUUAUCUUACACAUGUACAAGGCACACUACUAUUUUGUGUUGCUAUAAUAUAUGACAUCCACAAUAAUAAUGGAUGGUACUACAACUCAUGUGGCUGCAAGGGAAUAAUUAAGGCGUGCGGUCGAAGUUUUUGGUGCAAGAAGUGUAAUAAGACAGUGAUGAUUCCAUUCUAAGAUUUUGAAUUAAGUUUUGAGUGAAGGAUGCUGCAGAUUGUACGAAGUUCAUUGUGUUUGAUGAUAUGAUAGGACAAUCUGCCAUUAGCAUAUAUGAUAUGCAAGAGAAACUGGAGGAGAGUGAAGCUUCUAUGGGCGAAGUACCUGCUAUUAUUGCAAACCUUAUUGGCCAACGCUUUGUUUUUGGCCAAACACAUUUCCAUGAAUGAAUUUGCCAUCAUAAUUACAACCAACUGCUUCUUUCAUUACUGAUGAUCGGUCUCCGUUUCUUCCCGUCGGGCUGCACUUAAGUACACAAAGGCAUUUCAUCACACUGUUGCUUGAAGUCUUUCAACUUGAAUCUAUCUUUUAGCAUUGCAAAAGGUUGAUGCUGCCACUGUCCUGACCAGUGACGAGCUCUGCCAAUGUAGCUCCUGCUUAGAAUCGAGGAACCAUAGAGUUGGAUCAACCCCAGUAGGUGGUUCGGGGAGAGUCAGUGGAGCGAUGAACAAACCACCAAGCCAGGAGAGACGCAGCUCUAACACAGCUUCUUCUCCUUCAAUUCUGAAGUUCAAAUUAUAAUUUAGGGUUCCACUAAUAAUUAAUUUGCUUUGUGUCAUCUAUGUUGGGAAUUUUGAUUAAUUGAUUCCAGUUGCUAUCUCUUCCCCUGUAGCAUAUGAUUGGUCAAUUUCUAGCAAUUAAUUUUCAUUAUUUAGUUUGGUAUUUGUUUGUGUAGGGUGUUAUUCUAGGCAUCCCUGCAGAGUUAACCAAAGGAGAAGCUGUCACGAUUGGUAUCCCUUCUGUGAGCUUGGUUUAUAUCUAUUAAACACUAUUUGUCAUA